AUGAAGGGCUUGCUUCCAAACCUCAUUUCGGAGGAACAGGCUGCGUUUGUUCCUGGAUGUUCCAUUUCUGAGCACUGUUUACUUGGGCAAGAGAUUAUGAACAAGUUUAAAGUCUCCAAAUCGACUAUGGGCUGGAUGGCGUUGAAGGUUGACAUGGAACAGGCCUACGAUAGGAUGAGCUGGCGGACGCUUGAAGUGGUGCUCAUGAGGAUGGGUUUCCCGGCGCGGUUUUGCUCGUGGGUGCUUGGUUGUAUUUGUAAUCCACGGUUCUCGGUGGUGGUCAAUGGCCAGCUCUCGGAGACAAUUGUGGCUGGCUGCGGUUUCAGACAAGGUGCCACCAUCCCCAAUGUGAGGAAGUGUUUGUCGAUCCUUGAGGACUACUGUUCGUGGACGGGACAAAGGAUCAACAAAGAUAAGUCCGCGAUUCUCUUUAGCCGGUCGACGCCGUCUACGACUAAGUCCCGUCUUGCUAGACUGUCGGGAUGUCGGAAGGUGGAAGAAUUGGAGUACUUGGGUAUUCGGUUUGCUCUCAGGAGGCUGAGGAAGGCAGAUUUCAGCUCGUUACUGCAGAAGAUCCGGUCAUUUACGCUGGCUUGGGGUAUCAGGCACUUGUCUCUUGCUGGCCGGAUUACCAUGAUCAACUCAGUGUUGCUCCCCUUGACGGUGUAUGCGAUCUCUCACAUAAUGGUUCCUAAGG